AUGAAGACGUUGGCUGCCUUGCUCCCUGUGAGUCUUUUAGCUCUUUGGAUAGGAUUACCUGCUACUGAUUGUGCUGGAAUUGCAUUUGUGAUACCUCGUAUUUGCCCCAGAAAUCCAUUUCGAUGUACCAUACCAGGAAUUGAUCGUUGCAAUUUUAACUACGACUGUCCAGGAAGUCAAAUGUGCUGUUCGUACAAUUGUGUCAGGAUGUGCAGACUCCCACAAGUGAGACCUAGGAUUUGUCCCAGAAUCUCAUAUCAGUGUUCAUCGCUAAGAUUCAGUUAUUGCAAUACUGACUUUGACUGUCCAAGGAACCAGAUAUGCUGUUCUUCCCUCUACUGUGGCAGGAUGUGCAGAUUCCCACAAGGUAUCACACUUGACUAA